AUGCCCAACCACGACUCCACACGAGGCUACUCCACCGACGCAGCUGCAACUACGGUAUCCGACCCUACUAACACCUGUAUCUGCAGCAACGAUGAUGCUUCCACCGGUCGAAAAUCGACAAGUACAUCAUCUUCAAGUGACGAUGACAUGUGUCCUUUCUAUUUCUGUCCCGCGUUCAUACUGGCAUUUCUGGAUGUCGUCCACCUCGUCAUAAGAUCAGUCGAGGAUGUGGAAAUGCAACACUUCUUCAACGGAAUGUCCAUCGUCUUCCUGUCGAUGGCUUUCGCACUUCUCCUUUUCCACCAGCCCCAACCUUCCAACCAUGCUCCCAUCUGCCCUUAUUACAGGACCAAAGGAUGGCGGAAUGGUGAAUCUGGUUAUAGAGCCUUCCUCAGCAUUGUGCUUAUGAUUACUCUCGCUGUUCUCUUUUGGGUCAUGUUUGGUGAUAGUCGACCAAUUGAACAAAGCCCUUGUGUGCUGUCGAACUCGAUUGUUCAGGAGCUGAAAGAAGCGGUCAAAGAAGGGAGUAACACUCAAUGA